CCUUGUUUGCCUUAACGUUCCCAUUUCGUCUGUUGAGGGUUUCUUUCUCAAAUCUGAGUGAGAGAGUUACGCGGCUGCAUCAUUGCUCAUUCCCUCCAUCUCCGGCCAUGGAAUCCCCAAAACAGUCUUCCUUGAUCCCAAGCUUCCUCUACUCCUCCUCUUCCUCUCCCAGGUCUUUCCUUCUCGAUCAGAUGGUGACCUCCAAUCCCAGUCUCGAGAAGUCCCCCUCUCCGCCGCCGCGUUCCUCUCCGACUAUUCUCUCCCAGAAGAGUUUCCUUAUCGCGUCUCCCACCGAGCCCGGAAAGAGGAUUGAGAUGUAUUCUCCGGCCUUCUACGCCGCCUGUACCUUCGGUGGGAUCCUCAGCUGUGGUCUCACUCACAUGACCGUUACACCUCUUGAUCUUGUCAAGUGCAAUAUGCAGAUUGAUCCCGCAAAGUACAAGAGCAUUUCAUCUGGCUUUGGAGUUUUGCUGAAAGAACAGGGAGCCAAGGGCUUCUUCCGCGGAUGGGUCCCUACUUUGUUGGGUUACAGUGCUCAGGGUGCCUGCAAGUUUGGUUUCUACGAGUUCUUCAAGAAGUACUACUCUGAUCUUGCUGGACCUGAGUACACUGCCAAAUACAAAACCCUCAUUUACCUUGCUGGUUCUGCUUCUGCUGAGAUCAUCGCAGAUGUUGCUCUCUGCCCAUUUGAGGCUGUGAAGGUGCGUGUUCAGACACAGCCUGGAUUUGCCAGGGGAAUGUCUGAUGGAUUUCCCAAGUUUAUCAAGUCUGAAGGUGUCGGAGGUUUGUACAAGGGAAUUGGUCCACUCUGGGGACGUCAGAUUCCUUACACAAUGAUGAAGUUUGCUUCUUUUGAGACAAUUGUGGAGAUGAUCUACAAGUAUGCAAUCCCGAGGCCCAAGGACCAGUGCAGCAAGGGUCUACAACUUGGGGUGAGUUUCGCCGGAGGUUACGUUGCUGGAGUUUUCUGUGCUAUAGUCUCUCAUCCUGCAGAUAAUUUGGUGUCAUUCCUCAACAACGCCAGAGGAGCAACUGUUGGAGAUGCGGUGAAGAAGAUAGGGUUGUUGGGUCUAUUCACAAGAGGGUUGCCUCUACGAAUUGUGAUGAUAGGGACAUUGACGGGAGCACAGUGGGGUAUCUACGAUGCUUUCAAAGUCUUUGUUGGCCUUCCGACCACUGGUGGUGUUGCUCCGGCGGCUGCCAUCACUCCUGCUGAAGCAAAGCCCUAAACAAUGACGAACAAGAAAGGGGACUCUCUUACGUUAGCAUUUUUAUUUCUUUUAUAAAAAACAAAAAAUAAGAUAACCGGACAAUGAUGAAAAGAUUGAGCAACGCAGCCUGAUUCGAAGUUGAUCAGUGCAGAAAGAAACCAUUUUUGUGUUCCCAAAGUCGGGAUAAUGUUGUGUUAUGUGGGCUAUACGUGUUUACUCCCAUUUUUUCUUCUUCCA